UUAUUAUUGGUUGCACUGAUGGUACUAAUAUCCUGCAUUGCAGGUUCCAUACUGUGUAGGGGCCUGUGUCGAUAAAAUUCUGUCAAAAAAUGUCAGCAAUGAGGAUGAAAACGGUGAAGUGUCCUACUGAUGAACUCACUGUUUCAAAUUGUGCAAUUAUUAAUCCAGAUGACUUUCCAGAUGAUAUCAGGCAUAUUGAAGUUACCACUGCACCCAAUCAUCACUUCGUGUUUACUGUAAAAAGGCAUCAUGAAGUGCCAAGAGGAACUGUGGGUUUUAGUUUACCCCAAAGGAAAUGGGCUACCCUUUCCCUUAAUCAAGAAAUUGAAGUUAGACCUUAUUACUUCAAUCCUACUUCAAGUACAGAAUGUUUAUGUACUAUUGUAUUGGAAGCUGAUUUCUUGCAGAAAAAAUCAACUACUCUGGAACCAUAUAAUACCGACGAAAUGGCCAAAGAUUUCCUGUUACAAUUUUCGGGGCAGGCAUUCACCGUGGGUCAGCAGUUGGUGUUUCAGUUCAAAGAUAAGAAAAUACUUGGUCUCGUUGUGAAAAGCUUAGAAGCUGCUGAUCUUUCUGCUAUAAGUUCUGGACAAAAUACGCUACCGAAGAAAACUCAUAUGGGACGCUGUUUGGGUGAUACUGUGAUACAGUUUGAAAAAGCAGAGAACUCAAGUUUGAAUCUUGUUGGUAAAGCAAAGGGAAAAGUCGUCCGUCAGUCGAUUAUCAAUCCAGACUGGGACUUUCAAAAGAUGGGAAUUGGUGGACUAGAUAAAGAAUUUAGUGCAAUUUUUCGACGAGCAUUUGCAUCGCGAGUCUUUCCACCAGAGAUUGUCACUCAAUUGGGUUGUAAACAUGUGAAAGGAAUUUUGCUUUAUGGCCCACCAGGUACAGGUAAAACAUUAAUGGCGCGACAAAUAGGAACUAUGUUAAACGCUAGAGAACCUAAAAUCGUCAAUGGACCUCAAAUUUUGGAUAAAUAUGUUGGAGAAAGUGAAGCUAAUAUUAGAAGGUUAUUUGCUGAUGCUGAAGAUGAAGAAAAAAGGCUUGGGCCAAACAGUGGAUUGCAUAUAAUUAUCUUUGACGAAAUUGAUGCUAUUUGUAAGUCUCGAGGUAGUGUCGCUGGAAAUACAGGAGUACACGAUACAGUUGUUAAUCAACUUCUUGCAAAAAUUGACGGUGUAGAACAAUUAAAUAACAUUCUUGUAAUUGGAAUGACUAACAGAAGAGACAUGAUUGAUGAAGCCUUGUUACGACCUGGUAGAUUAGAGGUGCAAAUGGAAAUAAGUUUACCAGAUGAACAUGGUAGAUUCCAAAUCCUCAAUAUUCAUACAUGUAGAAUGAGGGAUUACAAGAAAAUAUCUCCCGAUGUUGAUUUGAAUGAAUUAGCUACAUUAACUAAAAAUUUCAGUGGUGCAGAAUUAGAAGGUUUAGUUAGAGCUGCCCAAAGUACUGCAAUGAAUAGAUUAAUCAAAGCCUCUAGUAAAGUAGAGGUAGAUCCUGCUGCAAUGGAGAAACUUAUGGUUUCUAGAACUGAUUUUCUUCAUGCUUUGGAAAAUGACGUUAAACCUGCAUUUGGUACAAGCGCAGAUACUUUGGAUCAACUUCUCAUACGCGGAAUAAUUAAUUGGGGCAAACCUGUAGCAGAAAUUUUGUCUGAUGGUAAUUUAUAUAUUCAGGAAGCCCGCUCUACCGAAGGUUCUGGUCUUGUAUCAGUUCUCUUGGAAGGACCGCCGAACAGCGGAAAGACAGCUCUUGCUGCUCAAAUCGCUAAGAAUUCUGACUUUCCAUUCGUUAAAGUAUGUACACCAGAAGAUAUGGUUGGUUUCACAGAAUCUGCCAAAUGUCUGUCAAUCAGAAAGAUAUUCGAUGAUGCAUAUCGUUCACAACUUAGUUGCAUUUUAGUCGAUAAUAUUGAACGUUUGCUGGAUUAUGGUCCUAUAGGACCAAGGUAUUCCAACUUGACCUUGCAGGCGCUUUUAGUUUUAUUGAAGAAGCAGCCACCUCGUGGUCGUAAAUUAUUAAUACUUUGUACAACGAGCCGCAGGCAAGUUUUGGAUGAUAUGGAAAUGUUAUCAGCAUUUAGUACAACUCUUCAUGUACCUAAUUUGUCAACUCCUGAUCAUUUGUUGAGCGUUCUGGAAGAAGUAGAACUCUUUACUAAAGAGGAAAUAGCAUCCUUGCAUGCCAAACUUCAAGGAAAACGAGUAUUCAUCGGUAUAAAGAAGUUAUUGUGUUUAAUAGAUAUGGCACGACAAGUAGAACCAAAUUACAGAGUUCCGAAAUUCCUCUCAAAGUUGGAGGAAGAGGGUGGACUUGAGUAGUAAGUGUUAAAAAAUGUAAUUAUUUAUGUAGAAAUGAAGUAGAUGUCGUUUACUUAACAAUAAUACAUAGUACACAAGUAACAAACUGAUUUGCAUAUUAAAUAUAAAUCAGUUUUAAAACGAUGAAAUAGAAUUGUUGCUGUAAACUACUCCAUGUACGGUGUCAUACAAAAACAUAAGCGAAGCAUUUAAAUUAUUUAUCAACAUUACGUUAGAUUUUUUGAAAAAUUGCAUUUCUAGUUGUUUUUUAUAACUUUACCAAAUAUACAGUAUUAUAAUUCUUUUGAUUAUACGAUAAUCUGUUAUAUAGUUUUUAGGUGAUCAUUUGUUAUAUACUUGAAAUAUUGAGAAAAACUUGAUGAGUUUAAAAAAAAUUGUAUGAAAAAUGUACAAACAAAAUGUAAAAAAGAGCAAUUAUAAUAGUCAGAAAAUUUAAAUUUCUGUUAGGUGGUAAUAACAGUAAAUAUUUACAAUAUAUUUUUACAUAAACUAGAAAUCAUUUGUUUUACUAUGAAAGCUUUGCAAACAUAGACUAUAUUUAAAGCAAUACUAUACAAGAAAUAGAUAUCAUACAUUGUUGUCUACAUAAAAUUGAAAUUAUUUCUACAAACUGUGGAAAAUGGCUUCCUUUAAUUUAGUUUAUGUAUCUGUUAUUAUAUUCUACAGUAAAGUAAGUUUAUUCCAUAUCGACAACAAUCUUUCUACUCGUUUCAUAGUAACAGAUAUUUAGUUAGCAGAAGUUAUAUUAUUAUAUGUAGCAUAAACAUGCAUCUUUAUGCCUCCGUUUGUAUGUAGUGUAUAUCUAUACAAUACAUAACUGUCCACUGUGUGUCUAGCUCUACUUAAAAAUUUUAUUGCAAUCUCGUUGUAAAUGUAUAUAUGUAUUUCGGUCGUUUAAUGUUUUUAAUGACAAUAUCACUAAUACCUAUUCUAGGUAUUUUUGAACAAUGUUAUUGUAAAACCAUUCCAACUACAUAAUAUAUAUUUAUUUUAUCAUUAAUGUUUUGUUAAAAAAUAUACAUUUUGCUUACCUUUAAAUAAAGAUAAAUGAAAAAUAUUUUAAUCCUGAAUAAAUGUGCAAACAUGUGUUAUUUGUUUAUUCUUUUAAAUAGAUUGUUUAAAUAUUUUAUUUUAUGGCAGUUUAUAUAUGUACUAUUGAACAGUUAUGUUUGAUUUAUUGUAUGUACAUAAAAUUAAAAUCUCUAAAAAAAAAAACUGUAUAUCACAUUAAAUGUAUUGUUAUGCAGGAUAAAUACUGUAAUAUGAAUAUCUUUGUGUUUAUGAAACAUGUAUGUAUUGAUAUGCUAACGUAAUAAACUUAAAAACACGUGUAAUGCGUGUAAAUAUUAAAUAAAA